AUGUCCACCACCGAAGUAACGGCAGCCGUCGACGCUCUUGAGGCGCUGGCUGCCCACACCAGCACCUCCACCUCAGCACCCCUCGCCCGUGUCCUCAACGAGAACUUUGCCGUCGCACGCGAGCGAAUUCUUGCCGGCUCGCCGCCCAAGCUUGUCAUUGCCGAGCUGCAGGCCAACCUCGCACGUGCUAAGAAAGACGUCGAGAAAGGCUUGAAAGCGUGGUACGCUGCGCUCGGCAACGUCGGCAAGAGUGUCGACAAGUCCUUUCCGCCGAACCUGUCAGCAAUCAGCGCAGCGUACGACGACCCCCCGCUGUUCGUCGACGCCGCCGCGUCCAAAGCUCUCGACAAUAUUGUGCUGGACAGCUUGGGACAGCGCGGACUAUGGGAUUCGGUCGAGGCGUUCGAGGAGGAAACAGACCUCCACUACGACCCCGAUAAGCGCGUGCUUAGCGAGGAGCUGUAUCGCAUUGUGCGCGACAUUGAAGCGGGAAACUUCUCGUCUGCCAUCCGGUGGGCUACCGAGAACAAGGACUUCCUUGCAGCCCCACCACACCCAUCCUCCCUCCCUUAUCACCUCCACCGUGCCGUCUUCCUCUCCAUCACGGACCGGAAGGAGGCGUUGGCGUACGCCAAUGCCCACCUGUUCGUGUACAUGUCCACGCAACCGGUCCUAUCGCUGGUGACGUCUUGUUUAUACGGUGUCGCCGACGACUCACCAUACGCCAACGACGCGGCACCGCUUGCGUCCAUGUUCACCACCGACUACUGCCGCCGGCACGGGUGGGCGCGUGAGGACCCGCUCGAGGUUGUUGUGGAUCUGGGGAGCCGCGGAGGUGCUCUCAACGCGAUUGAGAAGGCUCGCCGUGUCAUGGGCGAGCGGCUGGGCAACGUACGCAAGUGGGAGGAGCUCCCGAUGGAGGUCCCAUUGCCUGCAAGCCGCAGGUACCAUUCGGUGUUUGUGUGUCCUGUGUCCAAGGAGCAAGCUACCGACUCGAACCCACCUACCAUGUUGUCAUGUGGUCAUGUCGUCGCACGCGAGUCGUUCACCCGCAUGGUCAAGACUGGCAAGCGCUCGGCAAAGUGCCCAUAUUGCCCGCAGGAGACAUCCCUGACUUCGGCGCAGCGACUGUACUUUUAG